CGCGCAUGCAAACACACGGCAGGGGCAAAGCUCUGGCAUGUGCUGGCCCUUCCACGUCGUCGGAGGCCAUCGAUGCCUUUGAACAUGGCUUGGGGCUGAGUAUCCGAGGCUUCAAGAAAGCGUGUGCAUUUGCCCAAAAAGAUGCUGCCUUGCACCUGGACAACGUCCGCACUGCAUUUGGCACGGCCUGUACGGUUCCCGACGACUUCGUGCCCCCCUUCGACAACAAUAACGCCCUCCUCCACGACACCACCAAUCCUAACCUUACAUACCUCCACGAGAGAUGCCCCAAGCCAGCAAAGCAGAGACCCCAGUCUGCGGCCCCACGACGAAGCGGCGGCACUCAACCGAAACCGAAGUCGCUUCCCGUGGAUUUUGUGUACGACAUAGACAUCCGCAAACAACUGAGGACUGCCAUCGACGCCGAGCGAAGGGAUCUGCUCCGAGCCACCCAAGCCAGAGAAGCGCUGUUACGUGAUGCGAACCAGUGGCUACCGAAUUCCCGACCAGACAAGAAGGCCCUCAAGCAGGAAAACGUGGCGUGGUCAACGCCGAGGCGCCACAAGCCACAGCCUUGGGAGAGGAAACAAGUCCCCCCAGUCGGUGUGGCCAUGGAGCUCAAGCAGCACGAUGAAGUUGUGUGGAGUGCAGCAGCACCAACCACUUCCAAGAAAGCUCGCCCCAAGUCUGCUGUGAAUCGACGCAAUCCUGUAGCGGAGAACGUGCAUUUUGCAUCGUGGCAAACGACAAGCUAUCAUCAAGAUGUGGACAAGCUGAAUGGCAGGCGGCAACAUAGGCGGACAAGUCAAGCGUAAUAGAGCGUCGAGUCUAUUUGGUGGAGGCCGUUCGCAAAGGCGGCGCAACAAGGAUGAUGACGUCCCCACGCACAAACAGCAUCUCGACUUGACGCUUCGCCUGAUUCACGAUCUCUUCGUACGUUUCCUCGUCAAUUUCGACACUCGUCACAGUCUCUUCAACGUCACUCAGCACCAUGUUCAAAUGCUGGUCGUAUGCCUGCAGCUUUCCCCGCAGCUCUCGGUCGCCUCGACACUUGACGUAAAUGACUUCAUCCAGACUCAGCUUGAUCAAGUCCAACGGUUCCGUGAUUGUCGCCAUGGUGCUCGCCAGCGGAGUUAGGUGGAGGCGCUGAAAAAUUGGGGCUCCUCUUGGGGGUUCAGAAGGAUGCGAUUUUAUUGGACAAAAU